AUGCAUGGCUUCUUUAGCCACGGCAUCCUCCUCGACCAAGCACCCGUCUCACUGGCUGCCUGGGCAGAAGCCCAAACUACAAGAGCCCCGAGAAAGUACGGAGGAAAGAGAACUCUCAACCAGAACAGCAAGCAUUCAUCUUUGGAAUCAUCCAACAUCCACUCAACCAAGCACAAGUUCUUCUUCUUCUUCUUCUCCAAGAUGCUCUCUACCACCAUCAUCACCAGCCUGAUACUGGGUCUUUCCCAGCUUACCGUCGGCUCUGCCCUGCCCCAAACCCCAGCCCCCUCCCCCUCUUCAACCGGCUUCAUCGUGAACCACGUAGCCGCAGACUACUUCCCGGACGCAAAAGCCGAUCUCAGCGCCUUCGACGUGGACGUCCGCUUCGUGGGCUACUCCGCCACAACGGAAUCCUGGCUCACGGCCCUGGACCCGCACUCCGCAAGCAGCGACGAGGAAAAGGCGCGGAUGCUGACCGAAGCCGCAUACGCGAAGAAAUACGAUGAGAACGACGCCGACAUGACAGGCGACGUGGAGUCCUUGCUGGCACACGUCGCAGGUAACGUCACUGUCGCCAACAAGGGCCUUGAGAAGCGAUCGAGCUUCCAGACUAGCGCUGCGCAUGCUGUGCUGUGGACAGAUUGGGAGCGCGCCGCGCAGUCAUUGCGAGCAGCAGGGUGGAUCGAACUGCUGUGUGAGUUGGUCGACUUAUACCGUGCGGGCUGGGUUUUUCUCGACUACUUGGACGGCUUGUAA